AUGAUCUCAUCAUUAAUAAAACCAAUAUAUUGUGUUCUCCUCUUCAUUAUAUUAACUUCAUUAAUACACUGUGCAAAUGCCACGCCAAUAACACCAACGCCAUCUUCAAACAUAACAUUAUCAUCAACACCAGAAGUAAACAAUGACGCAACACCGUCAACUAAGAUACCCAUCACAGAAUCUGCCACCGACCCAGAAUAUAGUAAAACCGGUGCACGUUGGCUUUUCGGUAUCUCUUUCACAAUGAUGCAAUUGAACGCAAUCGGUUCGAUUUACAUCUUGUAUCGCACAUUUCGAAAAUGGCGAGCUAAUAACUAUACACGAAAUAGUCUAUCCAUGGCUCUCAGAGUCCCUUUUUAUAUCGCUAUUUCGGAUUUAUGUCUGUAUGUCGCGCAUAUAUUCAACCAAGGAUACACGGUGUUGAAUGGUCGAACUUGGCCGGGGCUGUCGUGCAAAAUUGUCGGUGGGACGGUGUUCUUCUUUGUGGCUGUUAAUAUGAUUUUGGUGGGUGUCAUAGCUCUAUCUACUUAUCUCAGAGUUUGUCGUCGAAUAAUAUUCGACUUUGGACCAUUCGACCGUAAUCUAUUCGCCAUUGUUCUCGGAUUUCCAUUAAUAUUGACACUGGGAAGCAUCCCAUCAUUCGGUCCAAGCAUUUAUUGGUGUUAUACAAACAAAACAAAUCACAUUGUCUCAAUAAUCACUCUAAUUCUAAACUUUGCCGUAAUCGCUCUCAACAUCUUCUGCUACUAUUUUACGCUACGCGAAAUCAACAUCACGGGUAAAGGAUUCGUCAAUGUUCGCAUGAACAAAGAAAAAAUCGGUAACAGCAACGGUAACAACAAUAAAAGCAAAAUCAACGCUGCAACCAUCGAAAGAAAAGUCACGCAAAAAAUCGCAGGCUAUAUUCUCAUAUUUACAAUACAAUGGACACCUGCAAUGCCAUAUGUUAUUGCGUCGGUGUUUACUUCACCGUCUGUGGGACUGUAUCUUCUUUGCGAUAUCGCGAUAAAUCUCGGGGGUAUAGGGAAUGCGAUACAGUAUGUUCUUAAUGAGGGAUGGAGCCUGCAGAUAGAUGAUGUCGUGUCGAAAACCAAUGAUAAUUCGUCUUUUGCUACUUCGCCUUUGCCGAGUGCUCGAUCACCGCACAGGUUCACUUUUAAUCACGGUCAGGAUACUACUAUCACUAGCUUUGCUGCGAUUCAAGACGAUUGA